AGAGUUCAUUUUGGGAGUUCACAUCGCAAGAUAGCUAUAAUGGGUAAAGGAGGAAUGUCCCAUGGGGAAGGACAAGAUGGGGAAGAAAACAUGGCUGCUUGGCUUAUGGGUGUCAAUGAUCUCAAGAUUCAACCUUUCAAGCUUCCACCUCUUGGACCCUAUGAUGUUAGGGUUUCGAUGAAGGCUGUUGGUAUUUGUGGAAGUGAUGUUCACUACCUUAAGCACAUGAGGUGUGCUGGUUUUAUUGUCAAAGAACCAAUGGUGAUUGGGCAUGAGUGUGCUGGUAUCAUAGAAGAGGUUGGCAGUGAAGUGAAGACGCUAGUUCCUGGCGACCGGGUGGCUUUAGAACCGGGAAUCAGUUGCUGGCGAUGUGAUCUUUGUAAAGAAGGGCGAUACAAUUUGUGCCCUGAUAUGAAGUUUUUUGCCACUCCCCCGGUUCAUGGAUCUCUUGCUAAUCAGGUGGUACAUCCUGCAGAUUUAUGUUUCAAACUACCCGAUAAUCUUAGUCUGGAAGAAGGGGCGAUGUGUGAACCUUUAAGCGUAGGUGUUCAUGCCUGUCGUCGUGCAAACAUUGGCCCUGAAACAAGAGUGUUGGUGAUGGGAGCAGGGCCUAUAGGUCUUGUCACACUGCUUGCAGCCCGUGCUUUUGGUGCCCCGAGAAUUGUGAUUGUGGAUGUAGAUCAGGCCCGUCUGUCUGUUGCAGAAGAGCUAGGAGCAGAUGUGGCCAUCAAGGUCUCAACUAAUAUUCAGGAUGUGGCUGCUGACAUUGAAAAGAUUAAAGAAGCAAUGGGGGCUGGAAUAGACGUGAGCUUCGACUGUGCUGGCUUCGAGAAAACUAUGUCAACCGCACUUGGUGCAACUCGUUCUGGUGGCCGAGUUUGUCUUGUGGGUAUGGGUCAUGAAAACAUGACACUCCCUCUCUCAUCAACUACUGCAAGGGAGGUCGAUGUGGUUGGCAUUUUCCGCUACAAGAAUACAUGGCCUCUUUGCAUCGAGUUUCUGAGCAGUGGAAAGAUUGAUGUGAAACCCCUUAUUACACACAGAUACGGGUUCUCACAGAGGGAAGUUGAAGAAGCAUUCGAAACCAGUGCUCGUGGCGGCAAUGCCAUAAAGGUCAUGUUUAAUCUGUAAAAUCUGAAUGUUAUGAAACGUAAGACAAAACAAGAUGAAAUAAUAUAUGUAUACACACUUCGCAGAGGUGAAAAGGGGGAGAAACUUGCUUCAUAAUGCUUAAGCAGUUGCUGUGGUUUGUUACCUUAUGAAUAAACUGUUAAAUGUUAUGUACCAAUGUGCCAAUAAGUUGUAAUGUAAUGUUGAAUUUCAUAAUAUAAUUGAGCUGUUCUGUUUGAAAA